UGCGUUCUACUUUGAUAAACAUGUUCUAACCGUUAUCUCUCCCUCGGUUUUGCUGGUGUGCCCUAAAACCCAAUUCUACUCUGUUUCAUCGAUUUCUUGCUGAGAUUUCAUUCGACAGGUUAAGUUGUCCAGGUGUUGGUUAUCGUAAAAGAGCCAGUAUUUGUACGGAGGGAUCAGGUAGAUCCUUAGUUAUGGAAUGUUGUGAAAAAAUAGAUGGUAUAAAAAGUUGUCUACCAGGAGAGGCCAUGAAGAUACUACAGUCAUUGGCUUCCUGUUGGGAUGAUAUAGUUGAUGUAGAUGCCUUACAGGUAAUAAGACUCAAGGGUGCUAUGACCAAUGAAGUCUACCAAAUCAAAUGGCCAACCAACAGCAACACAGAACGCUCUCGAAAGGUUUUAGUUAGGAUAUAUGGUGAGGGUGUGGAUGUGUUUUUUGAUCGUGAAAUGGAGAUCCGAACAUUUGAGUUCAUGUCCAAGCAAGGCCAAGGACCUCGUCUCCUUGGGAGAUUCUCUAAUGGUCGAAUUGAAGAAUUCAUUCGUGCACGGACACUCUCGGCCUGUGAUUUGCGGGAUCCUGAUAUAUCUACGCUUAUAGCAUCUAAGCUAAAGGAGUUCCAUGAUCUGGAUAUGCCUGGUCCAAAGACGCCCAUGGUCUGGGCUAGAUUGCAUAAUUGGCUUAGUGCAGCCAAAAGUAUGUGCACUGUAGAGGAAGCACAGGCCCUCCGUUUGGAUGCCAUGGGAAAAGAGAUAGAAACUUUACACAAAUGUCUGGCAGCAGAUCAACAUGUAGCAUUUUGCCACAAUGAUUUACAAUAUGGGAACAUAAUGAUCGAUGAAGAUACCAGAUCCAUAACCAUUAUCGACUACGAGUAUGCUUGUUACAACCCUUUCAUGUUUGAUAUUGCAAAUCAUUUUUGCGAGAUGGCUGCUGAUUAUCAUACAGAAACUCCCCAUGUUUUGGAAUAUACUAAAUACCCUGGGCUUGACGAGCGUAGGAGAUUUCUUCGUGUAUAUCUCACUUCUUCUUCUUCUUCUUCAGGAAAUCAACCCAGCAACUUAGAAGUUGACAAGUUGCUUGAAGAAGUUGAAAAGUAUACUCUUGCAAGUCAUCUACUUUGGGGCUUAUGGGGAGUCAUAUCGGAACAUGUUAAUGAAAUCGAUUUCGACUACAUGGAAUAUGCAAAACAAAGGUUUCAAGAGUACUGGUUACAGAAACCUAAAAUAUUGGGUUCCUUAGGUUGAUUAUAUUCAAACUUUAAUUCUCUUUUAGUAAUCUUACUUUGGCAACCAAACGAUUGCCCUUACCUACUGGUGUAUAUGUUGGACACUUGUUUCUUUUUCCAUGAAUUGUUACUCUUUUUAUUUAUUUAUUUGUUAUUAUUUUUUUGAA